AUGCCGGAGAGGCUCGGUAAUAGACCUCAGGGACCGGUAGUUGACCCGCAAUUGUCACUCCCACCACUCAUUCCAUCCAUCCCUGGUGUCACCGAUCCAAUUGCUAGCAGUCUCUCAAUCCCUCUGCCAAUUCUCCAAAUCCCAACUCCACCACUUGAAUCUCCUCCCUGGAAUGGGAGUGACUUGCAACCAAAGAAAUUGGGAUACUUCUGGACUGCCUCGGGCGACAAUGAGCACGCGGAUUUCCUCGCUGCCUACAGUCUUGACGACGACACUUUCGGAGAGUUCAUCUGGUUGGCCGAUGUCCCAUCCAGCGGGAACAGCCCGCAUCAUUUGGGGGUCUCCAAUGAUGGAAAGACGCUUAUCGGGGGUGGUCUCCUCUCGCUCUUGAAGACCCAGGACACUGCAUACUUCUUUGACGUGUCGAACCCUUACCGCCCCAAGUUCUUGAAGAGCAACCGUGCAUUACUCGCCUCGAUUGCCGACGAGAUCCGCACUACACCAGAGGGGGGUUUCCUCGUGACAUACAUGGGGUCUGCUGUGGGAACAUCCCCUGGCCGCUUGGUUGAAUUCGACUCCAACUACAACAUCAUCGCCCAGCAUCCCGAAGACGUUGCAGGCCAACUCAACAUUCUUGGAGAGCAAUUCUCGCCUCACGGACUCACUGUCAACUGGGAGAAGAACAUCGGUUUCACCUCCGAUUUCGUCGUCCCUCUGUCCAUCUUGAAGCCUAGUCUUGAGAUUACCAGGGCGAACACCCUGCGUCUCUGGGACCUUGAGAAGCGAACCAUUAUUAGCACCAUCACCAUCCCUAACGGUGGCGGAAUCCAAGAUGUCAAGUUCAUUCCCGGAAACCCCGACUCUGCUGCCCUCGCGACCGCUGUCCAUCUUGGCCAGGUCUGGAUCAUCUACCCCUUCAAGUUCGAUGCCAACGGCAACCAGGGUGUCGCGGAGUUGCUCUACGAUCUCGGACCAAAGGCCCGCGACACGACCGCCAUCUACUCUGAUCUCACUCAAGACGGAAAGUUCAUCUACCUGACACUCACGACCGCCAACCACAUCGCCGCGCUCGACAUUUCUGACCUGUCGAACGUCAAGCGUCUGGAUGACCCUGAUGAGCAGCAGCCCACCGUCGGCCCGCACUACAUCAAGGUGACUCCCGACCAGAAGCACAUUGUCGUGACAGACUACUUCGUGCAGACGGGCGACAUCGGUCUCAUCAACACGCCAGCCGACUACAAGGCGCUGUACAUUGACAUCAACGACGACGGCUCGCUGCACUUCAACCGCUCUAUCGACUUCAACGCUCUGUACCGUGAGCGUGGAGGCGCGAAGCCACACUCGAGUGUGAUUUUCGACUUCACGGACCCGAACAAUGUCAUCCACUACUAGACGGGCUUGGAAGUUGGUGUUCUCGUAGGAGACUGGGAGGGGCAGUUGAGGAGCAGCUUUUUCUUUCUUUCUGAUGUUUGAGCACCGAGACUACACAAGUCCAAGUCAUAUUGCCAGUCACGGCUUUUCAAAAUCAUAUUUCCAG